CGAGUGGGGACAGCUCAAGCCCUUUCCAUUCCGGAACCGCCCCACACUUCAGAGCCUGACUCACUCACGGCCACCACGGACCGGAAGUCACCGUCGGAGAAAGGUUUUUCGUGAGCCAGAGGGCGAGCGCGGACUACGACUCCCAGAAUACUCCGCAGUUAACUCUUUAGGGUCCGGAGCUGCCCUGAGGCCCCCAGGCCCCCUCUUUCUCUGACCCGGCAAGAGAUGGGUGCCCCCACCGGCACACUGUCCUCUGGCCCACCUGACAUCAUGCCUCCCAAGAAGGAUGUUCCUGUGAAGAAACCAGCCGGGCCCUCCAUCUCUAAGCCUGCUGCCAAGUCCACCACAGGAACCCCUCCAGCCAAGACCAAGGCUGAGCCAGCUGCCCCCCAGGCCCCUGCAAAAUCCCAGGAGCCCCCUGUGGAUCUCUCCAAAGUGGUGAUCGAGUUUAACAAGGACCAGCUGGAGGAAUUCAGAGAGGCCUUUGAGCUGUUUGACAGAGUGGGUGACGGCAAGAUCCUGUACAGCCAGUGUGGGGACCUGAUGAGGGCCCUGGGCCAGAACCCCACCAACGCCGAAGUGCUCAAGGUCCUGGGGAACCCCAAGAGCGAAGAGCUGAAGUCCCGACGUGUAGACUUUGAGACCUUCCUGCCCAUGCUACAGGCGGUGGCCAAGAACAGGGACCAAGGCACAUAUGAGGACUACCUAGAGGGGCUUCGUGUGUUUGACAAAGAGGGAAACGGCAAAGUCAUGGGAGCGGAGCUCAGACACGUGCUUACCACUCUCGGAGAGAAGAUGACCGAAGAAGAGGUAGAGACUGUCCUGGCAGGCCACGAGGACAUCAACGGCUGCAUCAACUAUGAGGCCUUCCUGAAGCACAUCCUAAGCCUCUGAGCUCCACAGGUGGUGCUCAGCCCCUUGUGUCGUCCUGAGAGGCAAGGCUCCGCGAUCCACCAGACAGAAGCGCUGUCAGCGCGUCCUCUCGGUUUCCCAAGCUGGGUCCCGCCGGGUAGCAAACCAGCCCCACCUCCCCUGCGGCUAGCUGCGCGUUCCUGCCACUAGGCGGCACUUACAGUUUUGAAAUAAAAAAUGGUUCCUGG